GGGCGGCGCACGCGGGGCGGGGCGGGGCGGGAGCGGCGCCCGGCGGGUUUACGGCGCUGCACCGCGGCAAGAUGGCGGACAGGGAGGAGGCGCUGAGGGAGUUCGUGGCCGUGACCGGCGUCGAGGAGGAGCGAGCGCGGUUCUUCCUGGAGUCCGCCGGCUGGGACCUCCAGAUCGCACUUGCUAGUUUCUAUGAGGACGGGGGUGACGAGGACAUUCUGACUCUUCCCCAGCCCACACCAAGUUCUGUAUCCAGAAGCUCCACAUCCAGUGACCACAGAGUAACAUCGUUUCGAGACCUUGUUCAUGCGCAGGAGGAGGAUGAUGAAGAGGAGGAGGGACAGCGGUUUUACGCCGGCGGCUCAGAGAGGAGCGGACAGCAGAUUGUUGGUCCUCCGAGGAAGAAGAGUCCCAACGAGCUGGUGGAGGAUCUGUUCAAAGGAGCGAAGGAGCACGGGGCAGUGGCGGUUGACCGGACAGCCAAGAGCGGCGGCGAGAGCAGCAAACCUAAACCUUUCGCGGGGGGAGGGUAUCGCCUCGGGGCCACUCCAGAGGAGGAGUCCGCUUACGUGGCAGGAGAGAGGAGAUCCAACUCUGCCCAGGACGUCCAUGUUGUGCUGAAGCUCUGGAAGAGUGGAUUCAGUCUGGACAGUGGAGAACUGAGGAGCUACCAGGAUCCGUCCAACGCCCAGUUUCUUGAUGAUAUCCGCAGAGGGGAAGUCCCGGCAGAGCUGCGCAGGUUGGCACGGGGCGGGCAAGUGAACCUGGACAUGGAGGAUCACCGUGAUGAGGAGUAUGUGAAACCCAAAAGUGUCUUUAAAGCUUUCACUGGAGAAGGACAGAAGCUGGGCAGCACCGUGCCGCAGGUGAUGGGCACCAGCUCGCCGGCCCAGCAGGCAGCCAACGAAGCCAAAGCCAGUUCUGCCAUUGCCAUUGAUGAGUCACAGCCCAUUACCAACAUCCAAAUCCGGCUCGCGGAUGGUGGGCGACUGGUCCAGAAGUUCAACCACAAUCACAGGGUCCGCGACAUCCGGCUCUUCAUAGUGGACGCCCGGCCAGCCAUGGCAGCCACCAGCUUCGUCCUCAUGACCACCUUCCCCAACAAAGAGCUCACUGACGAGAACCAGACCCUGAAGGAAGCCAACCUGCUCAACGCCGUCAUCGUGCAGCGGUUGACAUAGAGGAACGUGCCUCCGGUCACCUGCAGCGCACACCUGUCGUCUGGUCCUGUGCGUACACCCGCUCCGCACAGGCUCGCAUCUCCUCCUAGCUCUGGGUUCUUAGGUCUUGGUUGGACUUUUUUUCUCUUUAGUUGCAUUUCCCUUUUUUUUUUUUUUUUUUUUUUUGUGAGGAUGAUCAGUGGACUUUAAAAUAAAUAAAUGAAACAAAUCCGUUUUGAAAGGAGCUGCAGCCUAUUGUGCCACAAAUUCUCCCAGGAGAUUUGAGUUACUUUUGUGGAUUGUGUUACUGUGCUUGUAGAGGGAAGGUAAAAGGGGGAAGGGAGCUCCCGGGGAGCAGUUUCCAUCCAGCCAACUGACUGCUCAUCUCAGUCUCUUCACUCUUCCCUCUCCUCCAGGGACUGCUGCAGAGUACUCCCUUUAUUUUCGCACAUUAAAUAUAAAAUAUAUGAGAAUGGGUGAUCUCAUGGUCAGGACAAUGGUUACACCACUGUAAAAGCGUUGUGGUGGAAGUCUGUGUGAAACAGCUCUUGCUCAGUGUGGGGAAAACACCGAUGUGUGUGCAGGUACAAGGUUUAAUGCUCUUCCUGGGCUUUUCUGGAAAGUUCUGACUGUCCUUCCCUCAGCAGGACUCUCGGGGUGUUCACUGCUCUGCCUGCAGUUUUAAUUUGCUGUAUUGCAUUUCUCUGAGAAACCCAACUCGCUGCUGACUUCUUUCCAAGAAGGCACAGAGCUGAAUCAGCUUCAAGUGACUGAAAGUAAAAGGCAAACAGAGUUUAUCUUACUGGAAAGCAAGUUUUAUUUUAAGAGGUGAAUUACUGAGGUGAUGGCAACACCUCAGGUGGAACAACUCAAGGCUGUAGCAUCCUUUUGAUGAAUUUCCUCUGCUCUGCUGAGGACUAACACAGCCAAACACCUGGAGUUCUCCAGCUUUGGUCUGUUCUGUUUGUGUUCUGGGCUCACGUCUCCAUAUCUGUCCUUUGAACAGAAUCCUGUGGGUGAAUUCGUUAUCCCUGCGAGGGACAGGCAGCGCCGCUGUAGCGGUGCUAGUUUCUGUCUGGUGUUGUGCCACGGUGCUCUGCACCGACCUGCGGUGGUUCUGCUGCCCCGGCCUUCGGAGCCGAACCGUGAGCCAUCGGCUGCCGGGAGCUGCUGCGCUCUGUGUCCCCACUCAGCUCUCUGAGGUCCCAGGUCCCUACCAUGGUGCCAGCGCAGGAGCAGCCAUGGGGACACAGGCUGGGGAGGGAUGGCAGGUUGGGCAGGUUUGGCACGAGGAACUCGCUUGGCUGCCUGCGCUAAUCAUCCAGACCUUGGCAAGGGCAUUCGGACAGCAGUUCCUCAGCUGAGAGCUGAAUUAACUUCCAUUUCUCAUUACUAAAUGGAUAAAUAAUGUACGUAGCAGCAAAUUUGUAAAUUAUUGUGAAAAUUAACAUUAAAAGCCCGCAAAAUAGGAAAA